AAAAGGAAAAGUGGAUUGUGUUGAAGCACCAAUCCGCGUAGUAAUUUCCCCAUAUCAGGGUCAAGAUGGAGGCGAUAGCGAAACAUGACUUCAGAGCAACUGCUGAUGAUGAAUUAAGCUUUGCCAAAAAUAAUAUCUUAAAGAUACUAAGUAUGGAUGAUGAUCAGAACUGGUUCAAAGCAGAACUAGAUGGUAAAGAGGGAUAUGUACCAAAUAACUAUAUAGAAAUGAAACCGCACCCCUGGUUUGCUGGAAAGAUUCCACGACUAGAAGCAGAGAGGAGGCUAUUGGAGAAAGACGCCAGGGGAAACUACAUUCAUCCAGAUGGGGCAUUCCUGCUCAGAAACAGUGAGAGUGCCCCAGGGGAAUUCUCAAUCUCAGUAAAGUUUCAAGAAAAUAUCCAGCAUUUUAAAGUAUUAAGGGAUGGAGCAGGCAAAUAUUUCCUAUGGGUUGUCAAGUUCAACUCUAUAAACGAACUGAUUGAAUAUCAUCGGAUGUCAUCUGUCAAUCGCGGACAGACCAUUGUACUCAAAGAUAUGGCGACUAACAGGAAAAAGCGAGCAACGGCCCAGUAUGAAUUCAAAGCAGAGACAGAGGAAGAGUUAGGGUUCAGCAAAGGGGACGUAGUUACGAUUCUAGAGGAAGUGGAUAGCAACUGGUGGAAAGGCGAGCUUCACGGCCAAGAAGGAUUGUUUCCUGCCGCAUACGUCCGAGUUCUGGACAGUUAAAAGUCCCCUCUCCAUUAAUCAUGACUCUUGCAUGUUGAAAUAUCAGCUUGAAUAACUGUUUUCGUAAAGUCAUCAUUUUGUAAGGACAAGCUGCUCACCCCCCGUCUUUUCUGAUGGAUAACCAUUGGUCCAAUAUGUCGGCAUAGUGUGUGAUAUAAUUUGGCGCUCCAGGAAUAAACUUAUUUUGUUAGCCAUCGUGUGCCAGCCUUAUUGCAUAGAUGUAUCUUCAAAUAGUGUACCAUAGAAGGCUUUUUUCCCUUCAAAAGUCUCAGAGAAUGACUCCUUUCCAAUCAACUAUUUAAGAUUAUUUUUUCUCUUCUUAAAGGAUCAACGGCGUACACAAUUGUAUAUUUCAUUUCUCAUGGAUACUCAUUGUACAUAAUAGAACAUAAUUAACAGUGUAUGUUGCUUAGUUCAUCUGUAAGCUGUGUUCUCUGAUAAUGAUUAUUAGGAAAGUCUUGUAAUCAUUUGAAAUUCAACAAUCAUUUGAUUCGAGGCUGUGACGUCUUAAUCUUGCAUUGAUUUUGUAAUGAUUUUAAGACAAGAUAUCCAGAAUUCAUUGCUGAGAGUCAAAAGCAAAACAAAGCUCUGGCGUUAGUGCUGAAAAUUGAUGUAGAUCUGAUGAAGCGAGAAUGAUUAGAUAACUUGUAGACCAAGAUUUUUUUUUUUUUUUUGUAAUAAUUUCUUUUAAAAAAAAAUCAAAGUAGUAGUAAAAGUUCUACUCUACUUCUCCUUCCUAAUAUUUUAGUGUCUAACAGUGUUUCUCGUAGUCUUUUUAACGAUUGAUUUAAUGCUUAAAUAUGCUUUUAUAUUCAAUUUGAUAUCAGAUGUUCCACAUAUAUUUUUUUAAUGUGUACAAAUUUUUAGAGGGAAGUUCUGUAAGGGAUUCCUUGCAUUAUGGGUACCCAAAUAGGAAAGAUUUCUAUGUAUGCAUCGCAAUCACUGUUUUGAAUUGGAGACUUAACUAGCGUUGACUUCACCAAGAAAUACGAAAUGAAAUCUGUCACUGGUUAUUUUUGACAUGUUUGUGUUGCUGUUGAUAUAUGAAUAUAUAUAUUUAUAUACUAUAAAUACCUUUUUUGUCAUGUGAUCUUGUUAUUCUAAUUUCAUUUCUUUUGAUAUCCAAGUUGUGAAAUUCUUCUGCAGUUUGAUUUAAUACUUUGUCUGGCAGACGGAACUUCUGAUUUCGACUUCUUUGCUCUUCCAUUAUCAGAAUGCUGGUCAUGACCUCUCUGCACUUGUUAAGUGCUGUAACCGAUAGUGACACUGGUGGUCAGGUGUUAGUUUCUGAGAAACAAUGUGUCCUCUGCCAUGUUUUAUACACAAGAUUGUUUAACAACAUUGUACAAACAAAUGUCAUUAAAUAAAUUUUAGCAAUUUUUAA